AUGAGUGACGAUGAAUUAAUCCUCAACUUCGCUGUUCCAGAUUCAACCGAGGCAGAGCCCGUACAACAGGCUGCUAAUUUCAAGGGUGGCCGUUGGAGAGAACGCCGAAACGCUAAGCUCAAGCUGCAAGGACGUGAAUGGAAAAGAGGUUCUGGAGUUAACAGUAUCGAGGUGUCUGAUAACAAAUUCAACGAGCUACAGAAGCAAUACGAGGAUGAAAAUCCAAAGACAAAGACGAGUAAAGAGCUGAGGCUGACGCCAAAACAUGAAGUCAAGAGAAGAGAGCCCAGAAAGCCUAGAGAAGACCAGGACCAACCAAAAAGACAAAAUGGAGAGCCUUUGGGAGGCCUGGCAAAGAGGAUCAAGUUCAAUGAAAGCUCUGGUGAGUUCGGUGGAAAGAACAAUUCCUACGUGUCCUCGUUAUUUACUUCCAACAAGAACAGUGAGACGCUUCAGGAAAGCGAGUCGAACGAGACAUCCCAUCUCCCGUCGAACGCUCCAUUGCGGGAUGCUUCAACAUUCAGUGGGUUAGGAUUAAACGAGAAAUUAAGCAGCCAUCUUAAGAACUCCAUGCGCUUCGUUUCGCCAACCAAAGUCCAGGGAGCUGUCACUCCUCAAAUGCUUACUGCUAAUAAUGAUCUCUUUGUCAAAGCACAAACAGGUUCUGGUAAGACAUUGGCAUUUGUGCUUCCGAUGUUGCAUCGUAUGAUGUCGGAGGAGACUCAGAUAAACAGACAAAGUGGCCUUUUUGGUAUCAUUUUGACUCCCACGAGAGAAUUGGCUUCGCAGAUUUAUUCUGUUCUCGAGGCUGUACUUAGGUGUCACCAUCACAUUGUUCCAGGAAUUGUUGUGGGUGGUGAAAAGAAGAAGUCCGAGAAAGCUAGAAUCAGAAAGGGUGUGAACAUUCUUGUUGCAACUCCUGGCCGUUUAGCUGAUCACUUGGAAAAUACUGAAUCCCUCGACGUGUCCCAGAAUAGAUGGCUCAUCUUGGAUGAAGGUGAUAGACUUGUUGAACUAGGCUUCCAGGAGACCAUUACCAAGAUUACUGACCACUUAGAACGUCAUUCCAAGAUUUCAAGCUCAGCUCGCCAAUGGCCUCUCUUACCAAACCGCAUAGUCAAUGUUCUCUGUUCUGCCACUAUGCCAGAGGAUGUGAAGAAAUUGGGUAGUACUGUUUUGACUGAUCCUCAGUGGAUUUCUAUUGACAAGAAUGAUACUACUUUCCAUGGAGAUGCCACUGCUCCGGACCAGCUUAUACAAAAGGUGAUGGUGGUUCCACCAAAGUUAAGGUUAGUGACCCUUGCAGCAAAGCUCAAGAGAGCAAGCAAAAACUACAGAACCGAGACGACGAGAUCUAUGGUUUUCUUCUCUUGUUCUGAUUCUGUCAACUUCCAUUAUGAGGUGUUCACGCGGGGUGGUAGAUCAGGCCAAAAAGAGUCUAACUCAGAAAAUGAAGAUGGUGAACCCCAGGUUGAACAAUGCUACCUGACGGCUCCCCAGGUAGAUGACAAUACUGUCGUCUUCCGCUUGCAUGGCUCCUUAUCGCAGCAGUUGCGUACAUCUACACUCCAAAAGUUUGUUAGCGACUCUGGCAAUAACGAAGGCAAGCAUCUUAUUCUUUUCUGUACAGACGUUGCAUCCAGAGGAUUGGAUUUGCCAAACAUCGCUAACGUGGUGGAGUAUGACCCACCGUUUUCAAUUGACGAUCAUUUGCAUAGAAUCGGACGUUCAGCCAGAGCUGGUAAUAAAGGUGAGGCUACCCUUUUCCUUCUUCCUGGAGAAGAGGAAGGUUAUGUCGACGGAAAGCUUCGUGUUGUUCACCCAAAGGAAGGAAGUCUUCGAAUUGUCAACUUCGAAGCUUUACUCAAAGACAGCUUCGGUGAAAAGAAUACCGAAAGUGCCCCCGCUAAAGGGAAGAAGGUUGAUCCCAAAGCGAAGGAAGGAAAGUGGGACAUCCAUGCCACUACAUGGCAUCUCGAGGUUGAAAGAUGGCUUUUGGAGGAUUCAAAAGCUCUUGAGAGAGCGCUGCAUGCAUUUACAUCGCAUAUCAGAGCCUAUGCUACUCAUUUGUCCUCGGAAAGAAACUUUUUUAAUGUUAAGUUGUUACAUCUUGGGCACCUUGCAAAGUCAUUUGGCUUAAGAGAAACGCCGAAAAAACUUGGUAAGAACAGUGGUACGUUCGGCGGAGAGUCUACCAAGAAAAAGGAAGAUCCUCGGAAGAAGAUGUUGAGGAUGGCUAAGAUGGCCGAGAAAGCACAGACUGCUGAAUUCAAUUAUUAG